AUGUCUUCUUCAGAUUGGUGGACACAAUCUUCUUCUCACGCUUUUCAUACACCUGCACGACAUCAUCUUCCCUCUUCAAACUCAAACACAAACUCGGCUUUUUCCCCACAGACGAGGGCGAGGUUCGCUGGUGAUGAUCUCGAUCCGGACGAUGCUAAAGCUGCCGAUGGGAUAAAGUUCUUACCUACUUUUGCUAGUUCUCCAGCUGGCAAGUUAGUGAUGGGUCAAACACCUACAAGUCCACCUGGGAUGGGAGGAGGUAGACCUAGUCCUACUGCUCGGUUUUCAGAUAGUUCACCUAGAAAUGCACCUACACCAGGUGCUAGGAGGUCACUUCCAGCCCCGAUGGACGAGGAUCUUCCACCCACCACCAGCCUUCGAGACGUGGCAGAAUCACCUACAAAAGCCGUGGUACCCAUUACGCAAGUUCUUCCCCCACCCCCUUCCCUCACCGCCACGCCGACUACCACCUCUCUCCAUAUCUUCGGUCCCCCUCCUUCAGCUCUUCCAGAACUCCAACCGUACCUGUCAGCCAUAGGCGAGAUCAUCUCCUACGUCCCCGGACCCCAGGGGAGCAAUUGGUUCACAGUCACUUAUGCCUCUCCAACUUCCGCUGCCUACUGUCUUCGACGACAUGGCGAAAUUAUCGGUGGACGAUGGAUGCUAGGCGUCAAAGUCGUUUCGUCAUCUUCAUCCUCUGGCUUCACUUCAAGUGGUAUGGUACCCUGGUCUGAAGGACACCCAGGAGAGAUGCAGCGCGAGUUGAGCGGAGGAAUAGGAACACCUCUGAGACCGAAAGAAGGGAACAUCUUGAGGGCCAAAACACCCGUUCAAACGAAGAGAGAGGAUUACGCUUGGGAUGAAGUGGAUCAAGGACAAGGGACUGACAAUCAGUUUGGUCGAUGA